AUGUCGACCCUAGCAGUGUCCUCCAAAUCACAUCUUCUGUACAUUAAAGAGGAGGAAUUAACUGAAGAUGUUGAGGACCAAGUAGAUGUUGUCCUUGAGGCAGAAGAAGAUGAGGAUGAAGAGAAUGAAGAGGAUGAGGAGGAAGAGGAGGAAGACGAGGAAGACGACGAAGAAGAUAAAGACACAGACUCCCUGGAUGAGAGCUUGGACCUGAACACUGAGCUGCCGGGAUUUACUCUCCCUGGUGUCACAUCCCAGGAACCUGGCCUAGAUCAGGAAAACAUGGACCUGUUGGAGGGAGCCACCUUCCAGGUGCCAGACGCCAUCGAGUGGGAACAGCAGAAUCAAGGCUUGGGUAAGAGUCUCGCCGGCUCUAAACGGUCUCCCACUGCCCAACAUGAGCAUGGAUGGUUCCCUGAUUUUUGGAAGGAAUUUCGUUUUUCCUUCCCAGCUGGAACUUCCAAAUGCGGAGGAGAUAUGUGUAAGCAGUAUGCUCGAACAAGCAACAUGCGUGGACUGGAGUCAGAAAACAGAU